GUCUCUCUCUCUCUCUCGCCCUCCUCGUUUCCUUCCUUCCGCUUCGGUUCGGUUUCUCCUGUCCCUCUCUCCCACGCGCCCGCCCCUCCCAGGCUCCCUCCCACCCGCCCAUGGUCCUCAUGGCCGCCGUCGAGAACGACUACCGCCGCGGCGCCAAGGUCACCUCUGCCCAGUCGAAUUCCAUGGGUCCGGCGCCGCGGCCCUCGUCCUCGUCCCGCGCGCGGCUCCACGAUUUCUCCUUCCCCACCCUCAGCUGGGGCACGCACCGCGUGCUCCGCUGCUCCAAGAACGGCCCCGCCUCCUCGUCGCCCGCGUCUCCGGAGCCCCCGUCCCCGGACAAGGAGAAGGCCCACCGCCCCGAGGGCGGCGGCUCGCUGACGCUGCAGCGCCAGCGCCAGCGCGCCGCUCGGCGGCCGUGGAACCUUCGGACCCGCCGCUCCGCCACCGCCGCCACGACGCGUCAGGCGGGAUCGGACGACGCGGACGAGGCGGCUCAGGCCGCCGUGGACCGCGCGCCUACGCCGACGGCGGAGGCGAAGAAGCGGGCCUUCUCCUUCUCCAUCGCGCUGUCCAAGCAGGAGAUCGCCGAGGACUUCGCGGCGAUUCGCGGGACACGGCCCCCGCGCCGGCCCAAGAAGCGCCCGCGCACGGUGCAGCGGCAGCUCGACUUGCUGUACCCGGGAUUGUGCCUAGCAGAUGUGGCGCCUGGUUCCUAUAAGAUUGAAGAGAGGUGAUUGUUGCUUUGGUGGAGCUUCGGAUGGACGGGGUUUCCAUUCUUCUUCUUCUUCUGAUAGCUAACACGUCUGUUUCAUAAGUGUUCUGUUUUCGGUGGAUUAGAGGAAGUUGAGGUGGGAUUUCCUGUGAUUAUGUAUUGGAGUGUGGUUGGGGAGGAGGUUAGCUUCUUCAGUUUGAUUACUGGGGCUUGUAGGAUUGUCAAUUGUGUAAAGAAUUCUGAUCCACUAGGUGGGAUGUCUUGUCCUGGCGUCCUGCACUGUACAUGGUUUAAUAUAUGAAGCAGUUUUAGUCGUUGGAUUUUCGACUGUUCAAUGUUCAUUUGAUCCUGACGCUGAGGGGUGACAUUGCUCUGGUGUGUGGUCUGGGUUCCUUGCUGGUGAUGAUUGUUUAUUUGUUGAAUCAAAUCUGGUUUUUUA